GGCCAAAAGUUAAUAAUUUCCCCUUGAAUCCGACCGUUUCCACACCUUCCCGUAGCUCCCGUGACCGGCUCCUCCUCCUCUCCCACCUGCUCGUCGCCGGAUCUCCUUCGCCGUUCUUCCCCCUCUCCGGUCAUCAUCCUUUUUACUCUCCUUACUUCGUGCUCUGCCCCGCCGAUCGUGUGCUCUCCGAUCGCGUCGCGCCUUAACUUAUCUGAAAAAAAAAGAGAGCAAGUUUUGGGAAAUUUGCUACGCCGAGGCGAGACCGAUUCCGGGAAUGGCUGAUCUUGGCGAAUCAAGAGAGGUGAGAGUGUUUGAGAGUACGGAUGAGCUCGCCAUCGACUUGGCCGAGUAUAUCUCGCUGCUAUCGGAGGAUUCCGUGAAGGAGAGGGGAUGCUUCACUGUCGCGUUAUCUGGAGGAUCGCUGAUAAGUAUGAUGGGGAAACUUUGUGAAGCUCCUUAUAACAAGACUGUUGAUUGGACGAAGUGGUAUGUGUUUUGGGCUGAUGAACGUGCUGUAGCAAAGAACCAUGUCGAUAGCAACUUUAAGCUCACAAGAGAUGCCUUUCUUUCUAGGGUGUCUAUACUCAGCAGCCAUGUGUUCUCCAUUAAUCACAAUGCAACAGUGGAGGAUGCAGCUGGAGAGUAUGAAUUUGCGAUUCGCCAGCUCGUCAAGGUCCGAACUGUAGGCGUUUCUGAAAGAAAUGACUGCCCCAAGUUUGAUCUUAUUCUUCUCGACAUGGGACAGGAUGGGCAUGUCGCUUCACUGUUCCCUAAUCACCCAGCUCUUAAACUGAAAGAGGAGUGGGUUACCUAUAUCGCUGAUUCACCUAUACCUCCACCCGAAAGGAUUACUUUCACACUCCCUGUGAUCAACUCAGCUUCUAAUAUUGUUAUCGUGGCUACAGGUGAGGAGAAGGCCACGGCUGUGGGUCUUUCCAUUUCCCAUGAAAACGAGAACUCCAAUGCAUUCUCGUUGCCCGCUAGGAUGGUUCGACCAACUGAUGGUAAAUUGGUGUGGUUUUUGGAUUCCUCAGCUGCUUCGCUUGGCGAUGUCAGCAACGGUGGUUCUGGAGAAGCCAUGUGAUAGGUGUAAAAGGUCCAGUAAAUGUGUCUGUAGAUCGAUUUCCGAAAAAAUUGUUUCUCUCGAGAGUAGCUGCUGUGAAGAGGGAGUUCCAUUGCCGCUCGGUUUAGUAAACAUUGUAGUUCCUCAAUCCCUGUUAAGCAUGUAUACAGCUUUUGUUCUUCUUUCUCAAAUAUCAAAAACUAUGUUUGCUUCAA